AUGGUGGUUGUUCAAAAAACGGGAAGACACCGUGAUCGCGAGCAAAUGUCUGUUCUUCCUUCCUUUCCACUCGCUCAACAAGCACAAAUCAUUCGCGCAAAUCAACGCGACUUGUACCAUGUUUCCUCACUGAAGGAUCAAUUUGAAGGCGUUUUGCGGGCAUGGCUUGGAACUCGAUGGCUCAGUCGUUGGGAGAAGGAGGUCAACUUGUUAGUGAAAUUGGUCUACUACGGCUUGACCACUGUCCGAGCCACCCAGACUCUUGGAGAGGAAUAUACAGACAUCUGGCAGUACUCCACUCUUCAUGGGACCUUUCCACCCCCACCCGUGCUUCGGGCUGCUUUAGUGCUGUUGCCGACAAUACCCGGUUACCUCUUGACCCGACUCGAUGAUUUCUUGCCUCAGAAUGCGAUCUCCCAGUCCUGGAGGAAGUGGCUCAAGAGACUUCCAAGCGUAUUAGAAAUCCUCACCGAGCUCAAUCUAGCCGCAUUCUAUAUCCAAGGUGUCUACUAUGAUCUUGUAAAACGAGCAUUGGGCAUUCGAAAGAUUUCAUCCACACCGCACAACCCUAACGUCCGGCCACCAUCUUAUUCACUUCUAGGCAUUCUACUGGGGAACCGGAAAGCUCGAAAGGAAAACAUCGCGCAACUCAUAUCGAAGACGAAGCUUUCCUAG